AUGCCUCCACCCAAGAACGUGACGGAGCUACGAUCAUUCUUGGGCGCAAUAAAUUAUUACUCGAAGUUCAUGAAGGAAAUGCACCUUUUGCGCAAACCUUUGGACGAGUUGCUACAAAAAGACAAGAAAUGGGUCUGGACCGACGAAUGCCAGCGUUCGUUCGUGAGGUUUAAAGAUCUGUUACAAUCGGACUUGAUGCUUACACACUAUAAUCCUAAACUGCAGAUUGUAGUGGCGGCAGAUGCUUCGAACACAGGCAUCGGAGCGACUAUUCGACAUCGGUUCCCUGAUGGUACCGAGAAGGUGAUUCAACAUGCUGCAAGGUCAUUGACACCGACGGAGCGCGCUUACGGGCAGAUAGACAAGGAAGCUUUGGCGCUAGUCUACGCCGUGACCAAGUUUCAUCGGAUGCUCCUUGGGCGGCCAUUUAUUCUCGAAACAGAUCACCAACCUCUUCUUCGCAUAUUUGGCUCGCACAAGGGAAUACCAACACACACCUCGAACAGAUUGCAGCGGUUCGCCUUGACUAUGUUAUGCUACGAUUUCAAGAUCGAAUACGUUUGUACGACCAAGUUCGGGUAUGCAGACGUUCUCUCCAGACUCAUCAGUUCGGCAGCGAAACCGGAGGAGGACUAUAUCAUUGCUUCGGUGAAGUUGGAGGAAGACCUUCUAGCUGUUCUAGAGCAAUCAGUCAACAACACUCCAGUCACAGCCAGGAUGAUUGCGACGGGUACGAAGCAGAACAGGGUACUCAACCAAGUGCUUCAGAACAUCGAGUGUGGCUGGCCAUCAGAAAUAAACGAUCCGGAGAUCAAAGCGUUCUACAACCGGAAAGAAAGCUUGACGGUAGUCCAGGGCUGUAUUCUCUUCGGGGAUCGCGUAGUAGUUCCUCAGCUCUAUCAAAACCGGAUUUUAGAGCGAUUGCACCACGGACACCCGGGCAUAGUACGAAUGAAGUCAUUAGCCAGAAGUUUUGUCUUCUGGCCUGGAAUUGAUGGGCAGAUUGAAGCGUUCGUAAAGCAAUGCAAGGAUUGCGCAUCGGUGGCUAAGUCUCCAGCUCACGCCUCACCGGAAGCAUGGCCGACUCCAUCUGGGCCAUGGCAGCGACUGCACAUUGACUUCGCGGGACCGAUUGAUGGUCUUUGGUUCUUGAUCAUUGUUGAUGCGUUCUCUCGUUGGCCGGAGAUCUAUCCGACGAAGACAACGACUGCGAAGGCUACAAUACAGUUUCUUCGAAGCACUUUCGCACGUUUGGGGCUUCCGUUGACGAUUGUUUCAGACAACGCUCCCCAAUUUACUUGCGACGAAUUCGAAUCCUUCUGCAAGACAAACGGAAUCGUUCAUCUUCUAACCGCCCCCUACCACCCGCAAUCUAACGGGCAGGCGGAGCGAUUUGUAGACUCGAUGAAGCGGGCACUCAAGAAAAUCAACAAGGGAGAACCUCUCCAGGAGACGUUGGAUGUAUUUCUAGCCACGUAUCGUUCGACGCCGUGCGGAUCCACCGGACAAAAAUCACCCAGCGAAAUGAUGUUCGGUAGACAGAUGCGAACGACACUCGACCUACUGCGACCAGUGAGCAAAUCGACACACAUGUUUGAAUCUGGGAAGCUGAGCAACAUUAAGCAACCGAGACAGUUCAACGUUGGCGACUUGGUGUACGCGAAGGUGCACAAAGGAAACGAUUGGUAUUGGGAAGCAGGAAAAGUUAUCGAAAGGAUUGGAACUGUAAACUACAAUGUUUGGCUGAGUGGGCAACGAUGCGGCUUAAUCAGAUCUCACGUCAACCAACUUCGUCUUCGACACGUGGCGAUGAACCGAAACGAAAAUGAGGUUUAUUCGACGAAUGCACCAUUAUCAUUGUCAGUGUUGUUGGACGAAUUCAACAUCGGUCCGCGACCAACGGUAAAUGAACCGAGAGCUCUUGCUCAACCUGAACAAGUUGAGCUGCAGGAUCAGCAACAACUAGUUCCCGGCCCGGAUCAAGAGUCACCACAACGCGCUGCUGUCGGAAGCCGCAUACCCGUGGCUAAAACUUCUCGUGGACGACCAGUUCGACUUCCUCCUAGGUUUGAGCAUUACGUUAUGUCCUGA